ACCACGGAUCGUAUCACUUCGUUGACCCUGUUGAUCGCCCAUAACAUCUACCGAUAGACGGCAAUCCAGCCUUCCACCACGCUGCACUCGGUAAUAUCUCCAGGACGCCCCCACAUAAGAUACUGAGGCCCACAUCCUUCCCCUGAAGCGCGCACAUGAUUGGUGUGCUCCAACCGUCCCUUGUAAGCAUUCAGAAUCGUCCCCCGAAAAUUUGGAAAACUGGAGAAAACAACGUCGCAGAUUGUGCGCGCAUGACGUGCAUUAGUAUUGGAGGAGGAUUCUUGGCGAGCGUGAUCAGUGUGAUGAUAGCUUGCUAUAAUAAGCCUAUAGGGCAAGCGACGAUGUCCGUUAUUAAGUAUAGCGUGAUAGCCGAUCGUCUAAGAGACCCUUCUUCGGAGAAGUUUGUGGGCACAGUGGAUAUGUUUUCGAAGCAAUGCCGGCGUAAUCUUAGCGAUAGCGUCGCCACCGAGUACAAGCCACUUGCAACGGGCGUAUAAUUUCCUCAUGGUUGUUGAAUCACUCAAUUUGACCAGCUUCGUGACAUUAAUCAGCAACAACGAUUGCCUCGUCUCGAGCAAGCUGUGGAAAUCGUGUCAGAUCAAUGCUGUGUGUCUUACUCUCUGCAGCCAGACUGCCAUUUCCCACGGUCAGCGAGAGAGAAUACGAGAAACAGCGUCAUAUUUAUCAUCCAUCUCUUCUCGGACACUAAAGCGGGUAAUUUCACGACCUCUGAAUAUGUUCCCAUCAGCUCCUCUCACGACAUGACAAGGACAAGCUACCCAAUAAAUCGAAGCUUCGGAUAAUAUAGACAUUACAAUAUAUUACAACAACACCUUCCUACAGGAUGGUGUGGCGUUCAAGCAGAAGGCAGACCUCAAACAAAAGGCUGCAGUCAGCAUCCAUAUAUCGGGCAUCGGGUCCUCUGAUCGUUGAUUUUCCAGCCAAUUGUGAUGGCAGGGGCUGCUCGGUUGCCAGCCGGGUCAAGGAAACGGACAUGAAGGUGAUCUAAGUGUAUACUCGCCACCAAUCGGCAAACCUGCUUUCCGUAAAGAUCGGUCACAGAGACGAUAAGCGACGUUGAUUAUGCAUCUCAACCAAGAUCCAACCCGUGCCGUGUGUGUGGUUUUUUCGGGAAAUCGGGCAUUAAAAGAUUAUUCUAUGACAUCUAUGACUUGCUCGCCUGCUGUUUUCGUACGAUAUCGCAAGAGGAACAAGGUCGAGAUGUCCAGGACACGUCACAGGCCGCUGUUACUACGAGGGCGCUCGUCAGAAGAUACGAGAGAGAGCAAUGCAACGCUGAAUAGCACGAACGCGAGUCGGAGCUCUACAGCUGUUCCAUGGGGCACCUAUGGUUCUGAAU